UACUUUAAUUUGCAGAUCUGCCGCUACCUAGUGCUUGACGAAGCUGACAGAAUGUUGGAUAUGGGUUUUGAAGACGAGCUUAAAUCUAUAUUUGCGUUUUUCAAGGCUCAACGUCAAACCUUGCUUUUCUCAGCCACAAUGCCCAAGAAAAUCCAAAAUUUUGCGAAAUCGGCACUUGUGCGGCCAGUGGUCGUAAACGUGGGAAGAGCCGGAGCAGCUUCUCUGAACGUUUUACAAGAAAUUGAGUACGUAAGGACGGAGGAUAAACUUACGCGAAUUUUAGAAUGUCUUCAGAAGACUCCACCCAAAGUGCUGAUUUUUGCUGAGAAAAAGAUGGAUGUCGACAACAUAUACGAAUACCUGUUAGUCAAAGGCGUAGAAGUGGUAUCUAUUCACGGCGGAAAAGAUCAACGGGAUCGACAUACUGGAAUUGAGGAUUUUCGACAUGGAAAGAAGGAUGUGCUCGUGGCAACAGAUGUCGCUUCCAAAGGUCUCGACUUUCAGGGCAUCGAACAUGUUAUCAACUACGACAUGCCUGAAGACAUUGAGAAUUAUGGUCAGUCACCAUUUAUGGUGUUUUUAGUUUAA